CAGACAUGGCAAGAGAUGGCGAGGGACGCGAGCACACCGACACCAUGCACUGCUGAAGGGACGGGGGCCUUAACAUUUCAAAAAAAUUACAAAACUAUAUAAAACACAGAAAAAAGGAAGAAAAAAAAAGCAGAAACAGAAAAGAACGCAAGAAAUAAAUACUCAAGAUAACAGCAGAACUUUUCCAAUGAGAGCACUUCUGUGGACACUGCUCCGCUAUAUCAGAUAGAUGAUUUGUCCACACGCUUGCACGUAUAAUGAACGCCCAGCUGUCGAUGGAGAACAUUGGCGAUCUGCACGGAGUGAGCCAUGAGCCGGUCCCCAGCGCGGCGGAUCUCAUGACCGGAGACAGCGCUCAUCACCGGAGCCAUCGGAGCAGUCUGUCAGCCCAUGCGCGCUCCAUGGGCAUGGCAUCAAUCCUGGACAGCGGCGACUAUCAUCACCACCGGCCCCCGGAGCACCCCGGGCUCGCCACGCACCUGCACCCGGCCAUGAGCAUGGCGUGCGAGGCUCCCCCCGGGAUGAGCAUGAGCAGCACCUACACCACCCUCACCCCGCUGCAGCCCUUACCGCCCAUCUCCACCGUCUCUGACAAAUUCCCGCACCACCAUCACCACCAUCACCACCACCACCAUCAUCACCCGCACCAAAGGAUCCCGGGGAACGUCAGCGGGAGCUUCACCUUGAUGAGGGACGACAGGGGUCUGGCCCCGAUGAACAACCUCUACUCUCCCUACCACAAGGACGUGGCCAGCAUGGGACAGAGCCUGUCGCCCCUGUCUGGGUCCGGACUGAGCGGCAUUCACAACUCCCAGCAGGGGCUGCCGCCCUACGCGCACCCCGGGGCCACCAUGCCCGCCGAGAAGAUGCUCACACCCAACGGAUUCGAGGCACACCACCCCGCGAUGUUGGCUCGACACGGGGAGCAGCACAUGAGCGCGUCUUCGGCGAGCAUGGUGCCGAUCAACGGCAUCCACCAUCACCCGCACGCCCACCUCAACGCCCAGGGCCACGGGCAGGUGCUGGGCUCCACUCGGGAGCAGAACCACUCCUCCGCGCCCGGAUCGCAGCUCAACAACGGCAGCAGCUCGGGACAGAUGGAAGAGGUCAAUACCAAAGAAGUGGCCCAAAGGAUCACCACGGAACUGAAACGAUACAGCAUCCCGCAGGCCAUCUUCGCCCAGAGGGUGCUGUGCCGCUCGCAGGGGACGCUUUCGGACCUGCUCCGGAACCCUAAGCCCUGGAGCAAGCUCAAGUCUGGCCGGGAAACCUUCCGCAGGAUGUGGAAAUGGUUGCAGGAGCCUGAGUUCCAGAGAAUGUCCGCGCUCAGGCUCGCAGGUGAGAGAACAAUAGCGUGCAAGAGAAAGGAGCAGGAGCACGGUAAAAGCGAGCGGGGGAGCAUCUCCAAGAAGCCCCGGCUGGUCUUCACUGAUGUCCAGCGUCGGACUUUACAUGCAAUAUUCAAAGAGAACAAGCGCCCGUCCAAAGAGUUACAAAUCACCAUCUCUCAGCAGCUGGGCCUGGAGCUCGCCACCGUCAGCAACUUCUUCAUGAACGCGCGUCGACGGAGCCUCGAUAAGUGGCUGGACGAUGGCAGCUCCAACUCGGCCAACUCCUCCUCCUCCAGCACUUGUACCAAAGCAUGAUGGAGUAGUGGCUGCACUAUGGGAAAAAAAAAGGAAAAAAAAAAAACUUCGGUGGAAAAGCUUUAAACAAAGAAAACUUAACAAGAGACAAUUUUAGACAGCGUUUGCCCUUAAAACUUGUACAGUACCGAUAUUUAUAAUAUCCAAAGAAAAACACCAAAGACUGCUUUGACCCCCAUUUAGGACUUUCUUCGUUUAUGUCUGACAUUCUGCAAAAAAAGGAAAAAAAAGUAGUUACACUCCAAUCACUGGUCGUUCAUCUCAACACACUCCCCUAACCCCUGCGUCUUUCUUUCUCAUGUGAUCGGUUGCUUUCAAAGACUUUUUUUCAUCAAUGAUUGGUCAUUGUCUCCAACGUGGAGUGAUUGUUAUUCACUCUGAUGUCAGAUUCCAGAUUUUGCGACGUCAUCGAGGGGCUUGACCGUCAGGUGUAAAGCCUGACGUCACACUUUCACCUCUAUAGGCAUCUCAGAUCUAGCCAGGGAUGCCAAAUAUAAUCAGGUGGUGUAGAAUCUUGACAAAGGUUGCCUGAAUGUCACCCUCAGGAUAGUGCUUUCUUCCUAAUUGUUGGAAAAGUUACAUAGGAACCUGAGAAUACAUGUGAACUUGCCAUCUUCACUACUUAUCAAUCACAGAUGGUAGAACCAAAGAAACACAUGUAUUUUGUUUUGUUUUGUUAAAUCAGGCCAAACUAUAUUUAUUCCUCUAAACAAGACCCCCUGUGACCGUUCUAAUCAGGUGACUCAGUAAAAGUAAUAUUAUUUAGUCAUUUAACGUAUUCGUUCUCUCGUUUGUCCUAAAACUCCUAAAACAGUAGCCAAAGGUGUCUCUGUGAGCAUUACCCAUUCCUGCCUCAGUCCUUUCUUGUGAUUAUUUCAGGGAGAUUUUUGCUAGCUUUAACCUGCCUUUUUUACCUGUAUUUUAAAUAUUUCAAUGCCAGUUGCUGAAAACCAAAGAUAAACUUAACUAACCAGCACCUGUCACCGUUUCAUACCCACAUCCAUCAAUCAAACACAGCUUUUAAGGAGAAAUUAUUUUUUGUGACUUUCGCAGACUCUCAUUUAAUGAGGCUGAAGAGACUUCUGGGUGACUCGACACAGGGUUUUCAUGUUAAUUGUCAUUAGGGGAAGCAGGAGGGAAUUCGGGUCGCUCUGUGUUACAUUUCAUUUUAGCGUAUAUUUCAUUGCACGCAACCAAAUUUCUCAUCCUUACAAUGUUAGUGUACAGAAUGAGAAUGGUUUGAUCGACUGGUGGCUGUCAGCAUGCUUUCACAAACCCAUAAGCCAUGAUUCAUUGGUUUCAUUUCCCAUUAAGCUUCUGACAGUUGUUUCACUGUCUAAUGCGUCAUUUUCACGGCAUCGACCAUCAGCACCUCCGCAGCGUCCCCAUCCGGGCCCGAACCCAAUACCCCUGUAAGAGAGAGCGAGAGGAAGCGCAUUCUAUGCAUUUGACAACUAGGAAGAAAGCAUUAUGGAGACUGAAGCAGGGUGAUGCGGUCGCUUCAUAUAUUAGACUCACUCGAACUCACAAGAUAUCUGGCCUUGUCGUCUCUUGUGGUGUGUUUUAGCUUUAAAAAUAUAUUUGGUAUUUACGACUAUUACGACAUCGAAGCAUAUAUAAAAGAGCGCUGCUUCCUCAUGUAGAAAAGAAGAAAAAAUGACAAAAAAAACAUGUUAAGACCUGCUGAUAUUUAUAGUGUGAACCAAAGAUGCUACCUCAGUCUGUUUCCAUUUGUGAUUUCUAUCAGCGUAAUGAUACCAAAGAAUACCAAAGAUUUGUUCUCUUUGCACGGCCUAAAUGAAUGAUAAGGUGGAUGGAUAGAUGGUGUGUUUCCACUCCUUUCCCCACGCCCUUUUUCCUCGUCUCCUUCGCUCUGAUGCUCUCUACCACUCAUCCGUGCUCAUGCGACAGCGCCCUCGGCAGACAUGCGUUAGACUCACAGGACGAGUGCCUUGCUUGAACCAAAGUGUUUAACCGCCGUUGACCUCUCGACACCCACCUUUUAACUCUCGGAAUACCUCAGCCUGUGGAAGGGCCACCGAUGAAGAAAAACAUGGAAUAUUUCUUCUCUCUCACCGUGGUGCUUUUGCCAGCGCAACCAUGCAAUGAAAACAUACCAAAGGAAUUUCUCUUGCUUUCUCCAACUCCUGCUGACAAACCAAAGCUCCUGCCACCUCCCUUUCGAACGCCCUGCCGAAUCUGCCGCUCGCCCCGCCCCCCCUCGCCAAGCCACCCGUGGGCACGUCCACCGAUUAGGCCGUGCACGUCUUUACCGAUAUCUGAAUACCUCAUAGUAAUAAAUUUUCACAGUUCUGUUGUAUAGAGAGUUUAUGUGAUUAAGGCAGAACUGAACUAGUUUGGUAAUCGUUGAUGUGACUUCGGGAAAAAGCUUUAUGAGUAUUUAUUUUGACCGUUUUGGCUAAAGUGCUCCGUUUUGGUCACCAAAGGCGAGUUUCUGUGAUAGCAGACUGAAACUUGCAGGAAGGAAAAGAAGCUUAUUUUUUAUUAAAGCCUUGCGUUGUUCCGAUACUCUAAGGAUGUUUGACUAUUCUUUUUUACAGGGUAAAACCAACUGCUGUGAUUCUGUGUCUAUUCGUUCACUUUCUUCUACUACUGUGUUGUGACUUCCGUUAAUUUAAUUGCAUUUUUGUAUGGCUUAACCUAUGUUUUAAUUUAUGUAUUUGUAGAAAAUAUAGAUUUGUACAUAGUAGGUUUUUUGGAAAAAAAAACAGACAAAACGAAAAACGAAACAAAAAAAUGGACAUUCGUUUUAUUUCACAGCCUUCUGUCUGAAGUGUAGAUAUAUCGAUGAAUUUCCAUUCCUCUGUGUUUGUAUGUUAGAUGGCACUUUGGCCCAUGUACUGAUACACUGCCAGAGAUCCGAACGGUCCGCCCACAGAGACCUGCGAAAAAAAGCAGUGUGUGAUGUUUUUCUUUGAUUUUCUUAUGUUAUUUAAAUGUCCAGAAUGAUUUUGUCCUUUGUAUUUCAAAUCAUUGUUUUAUGGGUAUUGCUGCACAUCCAAAGAUUUUCUAACCAAACCAAAAAGUGGGAAGGGGGGGAGGGGGGAAGGAAAGAAAGUAGUGUAAUUUUUGCAUAAGCACUGGCGUUUGUGAGGUCAUUUGCUGUCUGCACGGGUAUGAACCAGUAGAGGGCGUAGUGGGACGAAGUAGACAAGCUUAGUUCAACUUAAUGGAGGCGUAUACUGCUAAACAGUACAAUCUGUGGCUUUUGGGACGGAGGGCUACGAGUCCUGCUCACUUUGCUGUGUCGGACACUGAGCGGGUGGGGCGUGGGCGGGGCAGCAGGUCUGCCGUGGGCGGGGCCACGUCGCUGGGUUGGUUUUUAAAUUGACGUGGCGCUGCUGCCCAGAUCAGUCUGAUAUGUCAAUUUCAAUUCGAAACGUGUGUACUGACAAUGAGCAAAGUCUAAUAAAUCUGCAAAGCAAACAGGAAUUGGUGUGUGCAUGUAUGGGGAGGGCGAAAGAGGGCACCAAGCGGAAUAUGUUUUGAAGACUUCCCGACUGCCAGAGUUCAGAUUAACAACUGAGGAACUCUUAGUCAUUAUUAAGAGCAACACACACAGGCUGAUUUUGCCAUUUGUAUGUUGUUUAUGUCAGAAUGUACAGUUAGUUUUAAACAGACAAAGUGUCACAUCCGGACCCCCCGAAUAGGACGAACUGUCCCGCCUCAAAUCACAGCAUUGUUUGAACCUGAAUAGUUGUUUAAGAAAACAGAUUCCAUUUCUGUCCGAUGCCGCUAGUGGCUCGGACGUUGCAGUUGACCGUUCACCUGAACGGUUGAGUGUCUACCACUUGGAAACAUCAUGAACAGAAUGAUGCAGAAUGAUGUCCCUUAGCAGGACUGAAGAGAAAGCCCACGAUAGCAGAGCUUUCCGUCUCGCUGUGCUGUACAAUCAGAGUUGUUUCAUUUGUUGCAUUAGGUUUGCUGGCCGUCAGAUAGGUGAUCCAGGUGCAGCGUUCAGGAUUCGUUUUGUACGACAGCAAAGACUGGCAUAAAUCAAGCCCUACCGUGAGUCGAGAGCCUCUCUGCCCAUAAUCCCUCCUACACCACACCGAAAGAGCCGGAAGCGUUCGCCCGCGGCGUCACGGCAGCUCUCGGCAUCCGAAUUCUCACCCCUUCUCUUCCCGAACCCUACGCUCCGUCCCGACCCACCCCUCUAAUGUAGUGUCUAGCUUAGAUAGCUCGAUGUAUGUGAAUGUUGGGAUUGCUCUAAUCAUUAAUUCCUAUCCCAGUUGGUUGUCGUGGAAAAGGAGUUCCUAUUUGAUAGAAAGGCUUGGCUCUGUGUGCCGUAUAAUACUGAGAGCGCCUAAGACAAUCAGCUGGAAAACAAAAUCAUGUUUUUCAUUUUUUAAUAUUUAUUUUUUUGUAGGUCCAAGAGGGACUACUUCCAGCGAUGAUUAUUAUAAAGAAGGAGGAAGGUUUUGAUAAACUGAAAAAUAAACUUGCUGACAUUUUCUUUCGCAAAAAAGUAGUGCUCGUUUCCAUUUCGAACAGUGCAUCUUGUAUCAAGCUGGUUCUGUUUUUACACCUUUCUUUUUCUUCUCAUUUUCUCUUGGCCUGUUUUCUCUGUAUGUUGUGUCUGUUUCAGUGGAGGAAUGCAGUAGGUAUUACUCUCAGGUUGUAAUGCGUCAUGCUUUUCAUUUUCAAUUCCGAUCUAUCGAAUUGUUUUGUUCCUUUCUCCUUUCCUGUUAGCUACUGUUCUCUAUGCCGUGCAAUAUCAUCUUCUGUGUUUGCUAAGCAAGAAAAAAAAAGAAAGAAAAAAAAAAGACGCAAGUAAUGAUGUCACCAUGCUUUUUUCAGUGUUAAAAUGUUUCAGCAUUUCUGUAGUCACAAAAAUGUAGAAAAUAAAAAGGUUGGGUUUUCCAGCACAU